GGACCUCACGUUGUUGAGCGCAUAGAAUAUGAUCCGAACCGUUCUGCACAUAUCGCUUUGCUCACGAAUCAGAUGACUGGAAAGCAGAGUUACAUUAUUGCACCUCACGACUUUCCACCCGGUUCAGUUGUACGAUCCUUUCGUAAUCUCUCCCAAGAAAACAAUGAUUCUUCGAUUACCCGCAUCGUGACCGCAGAAAAAGGAGAUUGCAUGCCGCUUAAAAUGAUACCGGUUGGUACACUUAUUCAUUGCAUAGGUUUGAAGCCAAAAGGACCGGGAAUCCUGUGUCGUUCGGCUGGAUGUUCCGCGCAACUGAUUCGCACUGGUGACACGGGAUACGCGCAGGUGCGUCUCAGUUCCGGAGAAAUUCGUUUAAUUCAUGUGGAUUGUUGCGCGACAGUUGGCACACUCUCGAAUCCAGAUCAUCAACACAGAAUGCUCGGAAAGGCAGGAAGGUCGAGAUGGUUGGGCAUUAGGCCAACCGUGAGAGGUGUUGCCAUGAAUGCUUGUGAUCAUCCUCACGGUGGUGGUAGAGGAAAAAGCAAAGGAAACAGACAUCCUU